GUGGGUACGCGCGGUUCUCUGGGAUGAAACCAUAAUCAGACACCGUUAUUAUAUCUCUCUGGAUCAUUUCCAUAUACAGCGCAUCAAAGCCGACUUCAAGAGGGUAGGAACCCUGCUGAGAGUGCACCAUUUUGGAGUGGCGGUAGGGAUAUAAGAUUGUGAAGGACGUGAGGCAUCAUGGCAGCACAAGAACAGGCGAGGCAGCGCUCACUCUCCACCUCUGGUGAAUCACUCUACAUUGUGCUUGGCAUUGACAAGCUAGCCACUCCCGACGAUAUCAAGAAAUCCUACAGAAAACUUGCAUUGAAAUUCCACCCUGAUAAGAACCCAGAUAACCCGGAAGCUUCUGACAAGUUUAAGGAGAUCAACAAUGCCCAUGCCAUUCUGAAUGACCCCACCAAGCGGAACAUCUAUGACAAGUACGGCUCCCUGGGACUGUACGUGGCUGAGCAGUUUGGCGAGGAGAACGUGAACACCUACUUUGUCCUGUCCAGCUGGUGGGCUAAGGCCUUGUUUGUGUUCUGUGGCCUGGCCACUGGCUGCUACUUCUGCUGUUGCCUGUGUUGCUGCUGUAACUGCUGCUGUGGGAAGUGUAAACCGCGGCCUCCAGAGGGCCAGGAGCCUGACUUCUAUGUGUCCCCUGAGGACCUGGAGGCCCAGAUGCAGUCUGAUGAGAGAGAGGCUGGUGGUGAAGCAAUCUUGGUGCAGCCAUCAGCGACAGAGACCACCCAGUUGACGUCAGAUGGUCACCAUUCUACCUAUCAGACCGACAUGGGCUUCAACUAAACCCCACCCCUGUCCUGGCCUGUGGCGCUGCCUGCUACCCUGCUCCACCUUAAAAGGAUGAACGAGAAGGGCAAUCUGUUUAAACUUCACUAAGAGAGCCAAGUCCUGGAGAGGAGAUGGAGGAGUGAGCGUGGCCCACAUACAGAACUCUUUAAGAUACACCUCCCCUUUCCACCCGCUCCAGAGUGGUCCACUCCCGCCUCAAUGUAGGAAGAAAGAGAAAGAAAACGUUUGCUUCCCUUCCGUUUGUUCUUUCAUAUUCUUUGGCCUUUGACCUCACAA